CCAUGUAAUCAUUGUUGUUCAGUUGUGUUAUUGUUCUUCUGCUAUUGGAAUUUUCGUUUGUGCUUGAUCUGUGAUGUGACGAAAAGUGUUUUUAAUACAGGUUUUGUGACCAAUUGAUGUGAUUUAUUUUUAUUUAAUGUUUGUUAACAGUUUUGUGAUAUUUGUUAUUGAUAGUGACCCUGAAAGUUAUGGAGUUCCGUGUGAAAAAGCGUGACAACUGUCGAAUCAACGAAGUACGGAAGAGUUCCGGAUAAACGAUUCCCGAUUCUGGAUAAACAAUCUCACGGCUCACCACGAAAGCAUAAACAACCCCACGAUCAGGAUGGGACAAGAAUACCACGUUCAUUUCUCAGGAAAAAUCAAAUAUUCUGAAACCGGUGGAUUUUGUGCCGAAUCGCUACGGCGAUCGUUUUAUUCCACGACGCUAUGCCCAAACCAGUUCGAGCCGUUUCAAGGCGGAAUGUAAAAGCGAUAGAAACACCGAUGUGAUGCGUAUGAAGGAGCGGAAGGGCUACUGGAAGUCCCACUCGUUCGAAGCCGUCUUUAACAGUGUGUUCAAUCUGAAUCCCGACACGGAUAAAAUUCUCAACUUCCGCGACGCAACUAAUCAGGAGAUAUGCAAGAAGCUCGAGAUUAGGAAACCGAUAGAAAUUUAUUUGGAGCCGACGUACAAAAAUGUGCACAAACUGGACUGGGGCUGCAAGCCCCGCUCGAAGCCCCUUGCUUUCAUCGAAUCGGUACACGAUUUGCCCAGAAUUAAGGUGGAGUACACGAACAUUAUCGACUGGUCGGCUAAGGGGCAGAUUGCCGCGAUUUUCAGCAAAAAGCUGGUUAUCUGGACUCCAAACACGGAGGUCACAAUUGCCUACUGUGCUCUACAUACCACCGCCGUUGCGUUCAACCCGACCGGGGAAAUGCUUGCCAUGGCAACCUUCUCCCUGUCGAGGCCAGUUCUACGGCUGCUCAGCUGUUUUCAACCGAACACCAAGGCCAACAUAUCGAAAAUGAGAAUCUUCUCCUACUUGGACAGCGAUAUCAGCUGUUUAGCCUGGGACUGUACCGGUCAGUACCUUGCAUGUGGCCUUGGCAAUGGUCAGAUCGUUAUCGUCCGCCUGGCCGAUUUCAAGCACAUGAACCAGGACAAUGAGAACCAUAUGCACAGGUCCCGUUUGGUGGUGCUCAAGUUCUCACACGCAUCCAAGUAUUUGGCUUCCUCGGACGAAACCGGACAUCUGUACAUCUGGAGCUGGACCAACUGCCAGCUGAGUGCACUGACGGUUUGGAUCAGCAGCGAGGACGUGGCGCUCUUCGAUUGGCACCCGUGGCGUGAAGAGGAGAUCAUUAUCGCUGAUACGGAACCCGUUACGAUUGCACUGUUUCACGUGCCCAGCCGCAAGGUGCUCUCGUUCCAUCGCCGGCGCAACGUGGACUGCGUGAUUACGGCACUGGCGUUCAAUAAGGUCUCCGGUGAGCUGGUAGUUUCCUAUUCGUAUCCUGGUGGCAAGACGCCCGACAUGCUGGUGCUUGCGUCGAUGGAUCGCGUUGUGGACGUUAUGGAGAAUCAUGCGGACGUUGUAGCGCACCUUUUCUGGAGCCCCGACGGCAAGCAGUUAGCAAGUGCCGGCUACGACGAGGCGUUGACCAUUUGGAAUUUCUUCGGCACCUCGCCCAGCAAUAGGAAGGGUAAGUCACAGGCCAGAUCUACCAGUCAGCAGUACCUGCAGGAACACAACAUCAACAAGGCGGUGGGCGGCUUCGAUUACAGCUUCCUCUACAAACCGAUUCGCUGAGGUAGAAGAAAUUCAUAAUAACAUUCAUGUCGAGGCUGAAAGCAGUACACAACCGAAACAGCGAACCAGCAAGGUGCUCCCGGGGGCUCCCAGUUGUUUGUUUUUCUACGAGAUAUGACAUGCUACAAGCUGCAACCCGCCCAGAAGCACCCCAAGCGCAUUCGGCUGACAGCGAGGAGAGGGAGGAGCCACCGGAGAUACAGCAACAACAACAAUCCUACAACAGUCACUACUUCUGCGCAAAACGGCAACGAACGACGCUGGACGUCGUCUCCGUCGUCGUCGUCAUCGUCGUCAGUUAAUCGCGGUGAUAUGCAUUGGCAAAAGCUAGAUGUAAAGCACAGGAGAAGGUAAUUAAAUUAAAAAUAUAAAUUCUAAUUGUAAGCCACCCACACGCGAAAGUUGGCCAGAUAUUUGCACCGCGCUGCACCGCUUGCGGAGCUACCUUCCGGGGAGAAAAAUUUGCAUACAAAUGAUAUAAAGGUUCGGGAUUUACAUAA